GAUCAAUCAUCCUCAGAACUCAGAAAGUUGGUAUCAAACCAUGGCCGCUAUUGCCAAAACCUUCGUCGCAACAGGCUGUUCAUCCGGCCUCGGCUUCGAGCUCGUCAAGCAGCUUCUCGCCCAGUCCCAACCAUACAAAUUCAUCCUCGGCGCCCGGGACACCAAGAGCGUCUCUGCUUCAUUUGCUGCCCUGAACUACGACACUAAUAAACAUGAAUUGUCCGUCUUCCCGCUCGAGCUCUCGGAUCUGAAGGGUGUGAGGACCUUUGCUUCCCAGACGCUUGAGAACUUGGGAAGGGGCAAGGUGGAUUGCUUGCUUCUGAACGCGGGGAUGGUGAAGAGUGCUGAAGAGCCGGAAGCGUGGGGAUCGAGAUGGUCUGAGCAAUACAUUGUCAAUCACCUUUCCCAGCACUAUCUCAUCCACUUGCUCAAGGAAAAGUUGGUCGAGUCCAAGACUCGGAUUGUCUUUGUUUCUUCAGGCGCUAUUCGACAAGUCAAGGAUACCAGCAAGCUUGAAACCGAUGUCAAAGCAAGAGCCGGGACGAGCGCCUUUGAUUUAUACGGCUCGACCAAAUUCAUUCAGCUGCUGAAUGCACACUACUGGCGUAGGCAGCUAAAGGGCUCGUGUGACGUGGUUGCUGUAUCUCCUGGCCUGAUUCCCGGAACGGGACUAGGGAGACACAUGGAUAUGACCUUUUCGAUGGACAUGCCGGAUGCGAAGACGGUUCCCGAGGGCGCGCAGAAUAUUCUCCGUGCAAUUGAAGUGAAGAGGAGUGACUUCCCUAAGGACCCCGAGCAGAUAUUCUUGACUAGUUGGGGCGAGUGGUGGGGGAAGGACGUGUACGGUCUCAGUCUCGACAAGGCUCUGCAGGAUAAGUGGUCAGUCGGAAAAGAAGAGAUUGAAAGAGAGGAAGGAUUGUGAACCUUCUUUUGUUCAGUAGAUGGCGUCCCAAAGGAACUUUCAUUUCCAGAGUUCUGGGCCCCGGCUCAGAGAGUACGGAUCCUCACCUACGAGUCCAUAGUGCUGUGCAAUUGGCUGGAGCGAUUCGCCUUGAUGGAGAAGAGAAGAGGCCGUUUAAAGACGAAUAUCUAUUCGAAUGGGAGAUUCCCGAGAGAUAUGUUGUGCACACUUUGUCUCUGCAGACUUACGAUCGAGGUUUUCGGACGGAGCCAUAUGCAUAUCCAAUAAGUAAGGCAAGUUGAUAUGGCCGCAAGCCACUAGUGAC